GCCGCGGGAAGGGCGGCGGAGGGGACUCCUGGAGCACCGGACGGGAAGAAGGAAAUUGAGAUCAUGGUGUCGGGAGAGAGAGGGCUGGAGAGGAAAGGCAGAGGGCCGGCAGAGUAGGGAACAGCUGGGGGUUCGUGGAGAGUGAGGGGAGGGACAGGAGGGAGAAGGGGCUGGGGGAAAGUGAGGAGCGGGCGUGAGAGGGUGCGCUUGGGCUGGGAGUGGAGGGCUGAGGUAGCGUUCAGGCUGGGAUGGGGGCUGAGGGAGGAGUCCUUGCAGGUCCUAGCGCGCAGGUGAGGGGCUGAGGGGCGGAGCCAGGGUCGAAGGGAGGGACCGCGGUCCAGAGGCUGGGGUUCCGACUCGAAGCUCGCAGGCGCCGGGGGCGGUGCUGGGUUGGGUUCCGGCUCGGCGAUGCGGGUGCACCUGGGCGCGCUGGCCGGCGCGGCGGCGCUGACCGGGGCGCUGAGCUUCGCGCUCCUGGCAGCCGCCAUCGGCACGGACUUCUGGUAUAUCAUUGACACCGAGCGGCUGGAGCGGAGCAACCCGGGGGCCCCGGCAGGGGCCGCCAACCGCAGCCAGCUCGAACCUCUGAGCUCGCACUCCGGUCUCUGGCGGACCUGCCGGGUCCAGAGCCCGUGCGCGCCGCUGAUGAACCCCUUCUGGCAGGAGAACGUGACCGUCAGCGACUCGAGCCGACAACUUCUCACCAUGCACGGGACCUUCGUGAUUCUGCUGCCACUCAGCCUGAUCCUGAUGGUUUUUGGGGGGAUGACGGGGUUUCUGAGCUUCCUCCUGCGAGCCUCCCUCCUCCUCCUGCUCACGGGGACCCUCUUCCUCUUUGGAGCCCUAGUGACCCUCGCUGGCAUCAGCAUCUACAUCGCAUAUUCAGCCGCCGCCUUCCGGGAGGCGCUGUGUCUCCUGGAGGAGAAGGCCCUCCUGGACCAGGUGGACAUCCGCUUUGGCUGGUCCCUGGCCCUGGGCUGGAUCAGCUUCGUCGCCGAGUUGCUCACUGGGGCAGCCUUCCUGGUGGCAGCCCGCGUGCUGAGCCUGAGACGGAGGCAGGACCAGGCCAUCUGAGCCUGGAUGCCUGGUCGUGGUGGGAGGGAGAGGCUUGGCCUGGGGGCCUCAUGGACCCAUCCAGGUGGGCUGUGGCCUCCUCUUGCACAAAGGCCACCACCUGAGAGCUGCUGUGGACUGAGCUCUCGGCCUGGCUGUCAUCUCAGUGCUGCCUGGCGGGGUAUGUGCUGAGUCCAUGCACGUGUGCAUCCGUGUGGGCUGGAGGAGGCCAAGGGAGUGCGGAAUCCAUCAAAAAAACAGAAACACCCUCUUCGUAAUAUACAGAACUUACCAACUGCAACCUCCCUGUGCCUCCUCCAGCUUCAUUUCAUCCUUACCUCUGCCCUUUGUAUGAGCUGCUCUUCUUUGUUAAGGAAAUGGAGGACCAGAGAGGUUAGGUACGUUUUGAAAAGACACACAGCAAGCUAGUGGGAUAAUCUUGGCACUCUCUCCAAGAUCAGCACUCUCUCCUUUAUCACAGCUUUUCUGAGCAGGUCCGUGGCCAGCUGGCUGCCAUGCGGUUCCUGUGUGUAGAGGAUGCUGCAUCUCAGACACUGGGCUCCAUGCUUCACAUGACCUGGAACCAGGCAGGAGGGCACUGUGGGAAACCCUGAGGGAAGACAGCGGAGAUCUGGGCUUCUCAGCAAGCAGGUGGCAGAUGUGUCCUCUCUGACCCCAGCCAGGCUCAGGCUCACCUGGUCGAGUCCUGAGUCUCGAGCAGAAAAGGCUCAGUUGGUGUGAUGAUUCUCAGUGGCCAGAGACUUGCUUUUGAAACAACACAGAGUCAUCCCGGAGAUGAAAGCCCCUCUUGGACAGUCAGGUAGUCAGUGGUCCCCUUCAUGCGUCACUUCAUAGAUGUCAGGAGGCCUCUGAGGGAGGAGCUGAAGGAUCAGCAAGCUGGCGACCAGCAGGCAGGGAGACAGGCAAACCUGUGAUGCCCAAGACAGACUCACCAGCAAGCUCACCAGGAGAGGGAAGAAUCACUAGCACUCACAGUGCAGAAGAAUAAUCCUUAUAAUCUUGCCGUGAUUGUCACUCUGACAUCACCCUCACCACGACGUCAUUACUUUCACUCUGACAUCACCAUCCUGACCGUGACAUCAUUACCUUCACUCUGACAUCCUCCUCCUCAUCAGAGCAUGACCAUCGCCGUGACUUCCUCGUCCUCCCCACGGCAUGAUCAUUCUCACAGCUGACAUCCAUUGUGUCAUCCCCUGCUAUGCACCUGCACUGCUCUACAUGCCCAUCCGUCAACCAGUCGUUCAACAAACACCCACUGGAAGCCCGUUUCAUGCUAGUGACCCUGCCAGAACAAGCCCUUGCUCUCUGAGCUGCCACAUCAUUGAGGAGAGAUGGAGGCAGAUGAAACAUAUGGUUGUUGGCGAAGACUAUGGAGAUAAGCGGUGCAGGGUUCAGGUGAGGGAACUGAGGCACGGACGGGUUAGGGAGAGAAAGAGGUACAACUGGGACUGAAAUUCAGAUCUGCCGGAUUCCAAGAUGACUCUUUCCAUUUCUGCCGACCCUGUCUGCUCGUGGGUUCAGGAUAUUGCUGCUGCUUCCCUUUUGGUCUUGCUGGAAAAGCAUAAACUGAAUGGACUGCUCACAAGCCCCGCCCUGUGGUGAGUGAGGACGGUUGCAAAAUCAGUUACUAGGCUGGGCAAAAGAGAUGAAAAAAGUUUUCACAAAGUGAGAGCAACCGUGCUAGUGAGAGGGUGGUCUUUGCCGCCACCUGCUGGGCAUAUGGUAGAACUGCGUCAGAGGCUGGACUUGAUCUCAAAUUGGUCCAAGGACAUUUGUUUUCAGCCCUGAGUGUCCAGCAAUAGAUUAACACUGUAGGGCAGGAGUUCUCAACUGAGGAGAUUCGCUGCUCCCUCUCUACCUGGGGCUUUUGGGGAUGUCUGGACACAAUUUUGGUAGUCAUCACUGGGAACGAGUGCUACUGGCAUCUAGAGGGUAUGCUCAACGUCCACAGUGCACAGAACGCCCCCACGACAAAGGCUUACCUACUCCACGUGCCAGCAGCGCCCAGGGUGAGAAACCCUGCUAGAAGAAUGGAAAGGAGUAACAGGAGAAAGCACAUGUGUACUCAAGGAACUGACAACAUAGUUGAA